UUGGCAACCCUGGCCAAGAGCAAAAAUAACAAAAAUACGAAAAAAUUUACCAAAAAUAAGUCUUUUCUCCCAACAAGAUAUAAAGAAGUUGCGAACAAUAACGCAGUUGUGAGAGCACCGGCUUCCCACUUUAAUAAAUUAUGACCAAAGCAAGUUAUAGAGGAAUCAACGAAAUGGUGCAAAAGCAAAUGGAAAUAAAUACAUCUCACAAUAAGCUAGAUUCAUGCCAUGUUCGUCGGAGCUUUGCGGCGGCGCGGGCCGACCGAGCCAACCUUCAAUCUUGUGGUAGCUACGGAUUCAGUCGAAAGCCUACUGUUGACGAGUUUGUUGAAUAUUCGCGUUUGGGUUUUUGUGUUACAGCAGUCGGGAGUUUGUGCCUUAAUGAUUUUCUUCAAUCGCACCAUGGAAUACCUGCAAGAGCUUUACACAAAAGUCUCCGGAUAUGUUUACGGCGAUAAUAGCUGUGCAAAUACACCACGCAAAGUUGUUGCUUUUGGUAACGUGCUGCUAGAUCACACCGCGCAGCUUCAGAAUGACGAAACAGAUUUAUUGGAACGCUUUCAAAUACCGGCAGAAUCGAAAGGCGAGUUAGAUGCAGAAACUUUAUCCAAGUUAGCAGCUGAGGCUGCCGAGCGUGUACAAUGUGAAGUGAAUCCCGGCGGUUCCGCUUUGAACACAGUGCGUAUACUCAAACAACUCGGCACAGAUGCGCUUUUCAUUGGUGCUGUUGGUGAAGAUAAAGCGGCAGAGAAGUUGAAAGAGAUUUUACAGGAACGUGAAGUUGAAGUAAGAUUCGCCACGGUCAGUGACGUGCCCACCGGCCAGUGUGUUUGCAUUGUCAAUAAAGACACCAAGGCAAAAGCGUUAUACGCCAAUAUUGGUGCGUCUGCUAAGCUAUCCGUCGAUCAUCUUAAAAAGGCUGAACGUGAUGAGACACAGGUCUUCCUCCGUCCCAUCGAACGAAAACAGAUACUCUACGUGGAAGGUUUCUUCGUACCGCAACGCCAAGAAGUCUGUGACUUCAUUGUGAAGAAUUAUAUCCGAGAGCGGCGCCGUUUAGCAAUUAAUUUAAACGCUGAGUAUAUUAUAAAAGAAAACUUUAAACACUUGCGCGAGCUCGCACAUGCAGCAUAUUUCAUAUUUGGUAAUCAUAAGGAACAUAUGGCUUUUGCCAAGCAACUGGGAUUUGAAUCGAUCGAUGAUGCAGCCAAACAUUUGAUGGAGGAAUG